AUGUUUCAUGAUCUCUUCUUUCAAACUUCAUCAUUAACCAAGUAUUGGCAGAAAUUUCAACAAGUAGACCGUAGAAAGAAGAGAAAUUUGCUGAUAGGAUCGAGUAUUGUUACAGGAGUGGCUGUGUCAUGUUAUGGAAUUUACAAAUACUUUUACUCUAAUCGGAAUGAACAUAAAUCAUCAUCCGAUGACGAUGAACAAAAUCAUGAAAUAGUAAUAUUGGAUAACAGCUGUGAUGAAGAUGAAAAUAAUGGAGGAGGAGAAUUGUCAUCAGUCGGAGAGGCUAUAGAAUUUAUUAAUGAAAUUAAAUUAGAAUUAUCGAGUGUUGUAAAUAGUAUGAUUUUGGAUGAGAAUGAUUCAACCAACGCCAGAGUGAUAGUUUGUGUAAUUUACACAUUUUCAAUAGCAAAUAUUUUGAGUAGAGUAUCAUCGUCGGAUUUGGAAAUUAUCAAGGAAAUUAGAAAUAUAUUUUCAGAAGAAGUAACUUCAGAAAUUUUCGAUUUUUUCAUGUAUGUUUAUAUUGAAUUUUGGAAUUUAAUGAUGAAAUUCAGUGGAGCUAAUUCAAUUAAGGACCAGAAUAAUGUGUCAACGACAGAUUAUAGAAUAUUUUUCAAUCGAGAUUUUCCACAAGAUGUAGGACUAUUGAGAGAGGAGUUUGAGAAUGAUUUUCCAUUUUACAGUGUUCUAUCUAAGGUUGCUUUUAGUGUGAGCCCAAAACAAUUGGAAGAAUUGUGGCAUCAGUAUUCAAAUGCUAUAUUCUCUCAAUUUCUUUCCAAUACCAAAUAUUCGACCUCUCCCAUACUAAUACCAAGUGAAUUGAAAAGAGAAUUGAAUUCUAAUAUGUUUAUAACAAGGAAACUUUCUGAAUAUGAAACGCUGCUAGAUGAUUUACCUUACUUUUCAGAGUUGGAUUUGCAAUUAGAUAUUUGA